GUCCACUUGACGUUUCGUAAAUUUUCUCGCACACCGCACAUAAAAAAAAACAGAAAAGUGUAUAUUGCUACGAUUGGUUUUCUCGGUCUUCUCCGUUUGCUCUCCUACGAAAUCUAUUUUCAUUAUUUUGUUUGUUUCCGGCAGUGAAACGAGCGUGGACUUAUCAUCCGCUCUCCGUACUGUGAUCUCCUUUGGUGAACCUUUUGCAAAGCGGCCAUGGCAUCGGCACAACAAACCUCCAGCAGUAGCAGCAGUGCAAAGUCGAAAGAUAAAAAGUCCCAGGAGGAGAUUUAUGCCGAGUUCCAGCAGCUGCGAAACCAACAGCGAAAUUUGAUCAAUAAUCUGAACACACUCGAAUUGGAUCUCAAAGAACACAAAACAGUAAUCGACACACUAAAGACGGUAGAAUCUGGCCGGAAGUGCUUCCGCUUGAUCGGUGGUGUGCUGUGUGAACAAACUGUCGAAGUUGUGCUACCGCAGUUGGUUCAAAAUAAGGAACAGCUGGAGAAACUUAUCGAAAACGGCAAAGAUCAAAUCACCAAGAAAGGCAUCGAAAUCAACCAGUAUAAGGACGAGCAUAAUAUUAAGGUUCGUGGACAGGAUACGGCACCCGCAGCGAGCAGCGAAAAAGAAAACACCGACGAUAAAUCGUCCGGGAAUCGGAACGUGCUGGUAGGAAACCUCUAAACUUCUGACAGUAUCUAACCAAAACACUUCGUUUGGUGCAGAUCAGCUGAUGGAAUGAAUCAGUCAGCUGGAAUGCGUUUUUCUUUUGUUUCGAUUGUGAAAUUUACUUCCUGAGAAAUGUGAACUACGGUUUGCACUGGCCGAAGAGGUAACAACGACGAACAAAGUGGAACCAGAUCACAUUCAAUAGUCCCGUUCCCAAUAAUUUAUCGUAGCUUCUAAUCAUGUAGAAUGUAACAUUUCUAUGUACUGCGCCGCAAUCAUUAUCCUCUUCUUAUUAAAAUUAGUCGACGAAAAAAUAGUUAUUUUAUUGCCACUAUCAUUUCUGUUCACUGUUGCUUAAAAAAUUGAAUAUAAGAUUACAUAGUA